AUGGAGCGCAUAAAUACUAUCAGUAAUUAAAUAUCUAACAAGUAAUCAUACAAUGAUUUUUUGAUAGUUAAUGAAUUACCAUACUAGAAGGUCUUAGUAGAACUAAAUAACACUCGCAGAAAUAAUGCAAUAAAUACUCAGAUGUCAAAAUAACUUAUGAAUAUUGUAUAAGAUCCUAAUUAUAAGAUUGUCAUUCUCAAAGGAACUUAUGGAAAAGCCUUUGGAUGCGGAGGAGAUGUCAAGGAUUUGUAUUCUUACAUAACUAAUCCUGAUAAGACUUUGCUUUUUGAUUACUUUUUGACUGAGUUCUAAAACAAUUAUUGUUAUUAUUUACUCAAUCAUAUGGAAAAUUGUGGAUCUAUUGCAAUCUAUGACGGAUUUACUAUUGGGGAGGCUUUUUUGUUAAGUUGCUAUUCUAAAAUAAAAAUCUGCACGGAAAGAACUGUGAUAAUGAUGCCAGAAUGCAAAAAUGGCCUUGUAAUCUAUACCCCAUAAUACUUCUAUGGAUUAAAAAAUAACAUUGGAACAUACCUUUGGAUGACAGGAGAGCAAGUAAAGGGCUAUGAUUGUAUCAGAUUUGGUUUAGCUGACUUUUAUAUUUAAAGUUAAUUUUUAACUUAGAUGGAAAGAGAACUUAUAUUGGCUUAAGAUAUGAAUCAAUGUAAAUCAAUUUGCUAGAAAUAUGCUGAUAUGUCUGCAGACUUUAUCUAAUAUAGCGACAAUACUAAAUUAUUUGCUUACAUUUAAGAUAAUUUUGAGUUGAGAGAUUUCAAAGAUUUUUGGAAUAACUUGCUCAGAAAUGCCCAUUAAAAAACAGACUUAGAAUUAUAAAAAUUUUCUUUAAAGUGUUUGCAAUAAAUAAAUCAAGCAAGCAGAAUUUCCAUAAGAUUUAAUUUCAAUCUUCUAUAAAUGUGUUCUUUGAUGAUUGAUGUUGAAAAAUUUAACCUUCUUUAAAUUAAAGCUGCAAUCAAUGCAACAUUUUUAUACAAAGAUUGCAUUGAGGGUUUGAAAAAAGCAGUUGUCUAAAAAAAUUAUCAGCCUUAAUGGUCACAUGAAUCAUUCCUUGACGUUAAAGACUCUGAACUAUUAAAAAUUAAAACUACUGACGAAUUUAUAUAAAAUGAGAAAUUAAGGAUAGAUUUACUAAUGUAAAUAGCAAGAUAGAUGAUGAAUAGAAAAUAAUCUAUUAUUUUACAAUAAAAUUAUUACUAAUUACCUUAAAUUAUUUUUGAUGACUGA